GGACGGUCUUCUGGAAUACAGCAGGGUUCCCGUUCCAAGACAAGUGUUGGGAGUAGGCGUGCUGUUCAACUUUGUGUGCCAGGUCGCCCAGACGUCGAUCAGCUGCUGGGGAUUCACUUGGGCCGUCACGGCACUGGGCCUGCCCAACAAAGAAGCCGCCAUGGUGCCCUCGACGUUUUCGUUGGGGUUCAUGCUCACCCGCUUCGCCGUGGUCCUCCCGGCCUCCCGCAGGCGGGGACGGCGGGUAGUCCAUGCCGGGGUCAUAGUGACCCUCGUCGGCUGCACAGUCCUGCAUCUGGUUGUGCAGGGCGCGGGAGAGGAAGAGGAGGUGAGCCUGCACCUCAUCCAGGGCGCGCUCUUCCUGGUGGGCGCGGGGCUGUGCCCCCACCAGGCCAUGGUCCUCUCCUCCAUGCUGCGGCACGGCCGGCUCGAGGUGCAUGAGGUGGGAUAUUAUCUAUGGGCAGACGCCUCUUCCGCCGUCCCCCGCUUCUCCCCCCUCCUCCCCCG